CGGGCUCCCCGCCCUCUCCAUGCCGACACGGGCCGGGCUCGCCAUUUUGCCGCCAUUUCGCCAUGCCACAUGUGUGGGGCCUUCUUCCUGCACGAGGUACUCCCCCUUCUCCACGGGCUGCGGCAUGGCCUGAGCGGCCACGAGGAGCCCCGAGGGCCCCCAGGGUGCACAUUGCGCCGAUGAUGCAGGUCACCCAUCGGCACAUGCGCUACUUCUGCCGAUUGCUGUCCAAACGCCUGGUGCUGUGGAGUGAAAUGGUCAAAGACACCAGCAUCACCUACAACCAGGACAACCCAGUCUUCCUGCGGAAAUUGCUUGACAUGUCCAGCCAAGAGGAGCAUCCGGUGGUCCUGCAACUGGGCGGCUCAGACCCUGAGACCUUGGCACACGCCGUGCGCCUCGCCUCGCCCUGGAGCUACGACGAGAUCAACCUCAACUGUGGUUGCCCCUCGGAGGCGGCGGUGAAGACCCGACAGGGCCACGGCUUUGGAGCGCAGCUCAUGACAUGCCCAGAGCUCGUGCGCGCUUGCACAGAGGCCAUGCAAGAAGCUGCCUCCGUGGGCGUGAGUGUGAAGUGCCGCAUCUGGACCCACCCGACCCUGGCCGACCUGGAACGAGAUGGAGAUCGCUUCGAGACCUUGUUGCGCUUCGUCGACACAGUGAGCGCCGGGGGCGUGCGCCGCUUCAUCGUGCACGCGCGCAGCGGGAUUCUUGCAGGGCUGAAAGCCAGUGAAAACCGCAAGCGGCCGCCCUUGCAUCAUGACUUCGUGGAGGAGCUCCAACGAGAACGCCCCGAACUGGAACUCACGCUGAACGGCGGAAUUUGCAGCUUGGAGGAGAUUGAGGAGACGCGGGCCAAAGGGCUGGAGGUUAUGGUGGGGCGCUGGGCUGUCCAACAGCCCUGGGCCUUCGCCGACGAGUCCGCGCGGGCUCGUGGCCGUGGGGCCAUACUUCAGGACUACUUAGCUUAUGCCCGUCGAGAGCUUCAAGAGCACCGUGAGGAUCAUCUCUCCAUCCUGGCCGAUCCGCUGCGGAACCUCUUCGCUGGCGUCAAGAAGAGCGGCGAGUACCGUCGGGUGCUCUCCGAAGCCUUAAGCAGCUCCCCCCGUGAGGGCGGCUGGGAUCGCUUCCAAACGGCUUUUGCCACUGCGCUCUCCCACUUGCCCGAGAGCGCAUUCGAGGGUGAAAAAUGACCACUCCGCGGAGCAAGUGGCCUUCGCGGAGCGCUUCCCUGCUCCAAACAUUUUGGCGAAGGCAGAUCCC